CUUGAAUAAAACAUUGUUGAGACAUUGUGUUUUAGUGUAUGAAAUAAGGAAUAUGUUUAGUGUCUUUGACAAAAGCUGGUAUUUCAACUUUCCGUUGCUCGGAAAUGUUUCAUCGGUCCUGUAGACUUCUUUUGAGGCUGCGCACUGUCUACAAACCGAGUGCCUGCUUUUCGAGUGGGAAAAGACAAAUUUUUCCAGUUGUUACACAGAGGUCUGUCAUUUACAGGUCGAUCAUUCUAACGAAUCAUGAUUUGCCUUUGUUGUCAUUCAAACGUUUUAUGUCUUAUCCUCCUCACCUCGUAAUUAAACUUCCCAACUUAUCUCCUACUAUGGAGACAGGUACGGUUGUAAGCUGGGCAAAGAACGAAGGCGAUGAAGUUUCGGAAGGUGACCUACUUGCUGAAAUCGAAACAGACAAAGCAACCAUGUCAUUUGACGCCAAUGAGUCCGGAUUUCUUGCGAAAAUCUUGGCCCCUGCUGGAAGCAAAGAUAUACCUGUCGGAACAGCUCUAUGUAUCAUAGUUCAAGACGAGAGUGCCGUUUCGGCUUUCAAGGAUUAUGUAACUGGACCAACAGAACAAGUUUCUACUCCGAAAACUGAAGUACCCAAACCUCAGGUCCCUCCUGCUGCUGCUCCUCAGCCCUCACCAGCUACACCUAAACCUAUUACUCCUACUCCCAAAGCACCAGCAACCGGCGAAAGGGCUGUUGUUUCACCGUUCGCUCGUCGUUUGGCUGCUGAAAAGGGACUUGAUUUGUCAAAUGUAGUUGGCACUGGCAUGUACGGCAUGAUUCGUUCGACUGACUUAAAUCUUGAAUCUAUUGAUCAAAAAGCUAGCACAAUGACUGGUGGUCCAAUGUUAAAUUAUGGAAAAUUCGAGGAUAUUAAUGUUAGCAACAUGCGAUCAGUAAUUGCUAAACGAUUAACUGAAUCAAAACAAACUAUUCCACAUUAUUAUUUAACAAUGGAUAUUCAAGUAGAUGAAAUUUUAGAAAUACGCUCUAAAAUUAAUUCAAAUUUAUCUAAUUUAAAUGACUCAAAAUCUGAUGAACUUGUGCCAAAAAUAAGUUUAAAUGAUAUUCUUAUAAAAGCAGCAUCAUUGACAUGUUUAAAAGUACCUGAAUGUAAUUCAUCUUGGCAUGGGGAUUUUAUUCGACAAUAUCAUACUGUCGAUGUAAGUGUAGCUGUGGCUAUUCCUUCUGGAUUAAUCACACCAAUAAUAUUUUCUGCAGAUACAAAGGGUUUAGUACAAAUCAAUAAAGAAAUGCGAAUGUUAGUUACUAAAGCUAAACAGAAUAAAUUAAAACCUCAAGAAUAUCAGGGUGGAACAUUUUCAAUAUCUAAUUUGGGGAUGUUUGGAAUUACUAAUUUCUGUGCUAUAAUUAAUCCACCUCAAGCAUGUAUUCUUACUGUAGGUAGUACAAGACCGAAAAUUCUACCAGACAAUAAAAAUCCUAAAGGAUUUAAAGAAGCGAAUAUUUUAUCAGUUACAUUAUGCUGUGAUCAUCGUGUUGUUGAUGGAGCAGUUGGAGCUUAUUGGCUUAGUGAAUUUAAAAAGAUUUUAGAGAAUCCAGCACUUUUUCUUAUUUAAUUAAACUUUUUUGUUGUUGUUAAUAUACUCAUAACGGAUGUAUGAUUCGUCUUCUUUACACUGUUUUCUUUAUAUUCACUCAAUAGAAUAUUUAGUAGCAUAACAACAAGUACAUGAAUAGAUAUACACCCACCCUGCAUCCCCAUCCCACCCCACUUAUCCACACACACACACACACACACUUGAAGAUCAUUGUAAUAUCUGGAUUAGGUGUAAGAUGUAAGUUUUUUGAAAACAAGUUUAUUACAACAUUAGUUAUCGUAUCUCUUGUUGCUAGGAUUGUCCAUUUAAUGUAUCUUUCUUUACUAUUCUGUUUUUGUUGUUCACUUGGAAAUGUAACCUUAGACUAUAGUUAUUUAUAUAGGGAAUUUUUGUUUUUAGAAAAUUGAAUUGUAUAUCAUGCAUGGUUAUACUAUAUGUUAUUAAAUUUUCUAUUAUAUGCGUGUGUGUGUGUGAGUAUACGAAGGUGGUGUAUUUCUUUCCUUUUUUUGUAGCUAUGUAAAUAAAGGUACACAUGUUUGUAUUGGUUCAAAUUGUUAUGAUUUUAUAUAUGUAUCAGAGUAACGAAAUAGUCAAGGUAGUAGAUAAGAUAAUGGAAAAAAUGAAGUAUAAUCAAUAUGAUUCGAGAGGAAAGAAUGAACUUGUAAAGAUUAUGAAAUACUUUUGGAACUUAAAAUUUUGAGUAGGAGAGUAAGAGUUAAUGGUUCUGAGUUAUUGUAAUCGAUUUUGAGCCAUGACGAUUAAAGUUUCCAACAGUUAUUUACAGUAAUCAUUCUAUCCCCAAUUAAAGUGGUCUAAGGUUCCAAAUGUCCUGGUAUGACUGAAGGUAGGAAAAGUUCACUCUCUCUGUCGAAGCGCUCAAAUGUGGCCACGUGUAUAUAACAAUUACCAAGAGUGUUCUAUUCAUUGCCUUCUGGCAUCAAGAGUGUUGUUUGCGAAAUUGACAGGACGAAAAGCGAAUGUCGGGUACUUUGACCGUGUUGGUAGUUAUGGAAGGCCUACCUAUUCAAGGGUGUUGGAAAACCCUGAUUUCAAACGAAUACUUCACUCCCUUGUGGACGGGAACCUCUUCGUCAAAGUCUCGGGGAGUGGCUUCCUCAAGAAUGCACCUGUUUUGGUUUGACACUUAGAUGGAUUAUCCCAGCCCUCACGCGGAUUUCGUAUAGCGCGUUUGUAUUUUGGUGCCGCUUUGUACCAAUGUUUGUGUGCAUAAAUAAAUAAAUGGGUAUUCUGAACCUACCAACGUGGUUCCGUACAAC